UCGGGUCGUCUUAGAAAAAAUCGGGUUGGCAGAUUUUAAUGGUACCCUAACUGGCAACCCCAAAUCUCCGAUCAAAUUCUCUCUUGGUCGGACCCUCUUAUUCGCUUCUCCGGGGACCUUGAUCAACCAUAGCAGCUUCCUCUGUCACUGACCGGCGUUGUGACGCAUUUGAAUUUCUCUUCCAAGUAUGGGUACUCAUGGCCGAAGCAGUGAGAGAAAGAGAGAGAAGACGUCAUCUUCGAGGAGACGUAGCAGAAGAAGGUCUGACGACUCUGAAUCCGAUUCCGACGACUCAGAUAGCCGGGAUUCAUCUCCAGUGGCGAGCUCCCGGAAGCGCAUGGAAAGAUGUGGUGGUAGCAGGAGCAGUCACCGGAGUAGACGAAGGAGCUCCUCUCGUGGGCGGGAUUCUGGAGACGAUAGUUCGAAUGAUAGUUAUGGCAGCGAUGAUGGUGGUCGCAAGAAGAGUAAGUCUUCCAGGAAAGUUACUGAAGAGGAAAUUAGCGAAUACUUGGCCAAGAAAGCGCAGAAAAAGGCCUUGCGAGUUGCCAAGAAAUUGAAGUCCCAGACGGUUUCUGGUUAUUCCAACGAUUCGAAUCCAUUUGGCGAUUCCAAUCUCAAUGAAAAAUUUGUAUGGCGAAAGAAAAUUGAGCGUGAUGUUACACAAGGUGUGUCGCUUGAUGCCUUUUCAAUGAAGUCCGAGAAAAAAAGACAGAGAGAAAGAAUGGCAGAGAUUGAAAAGGUGAAGAAAAGGAGGGAGGAAAGGGCUCUUGAAAAAGCACAACAUGAGGAAGAAAUGGCAUUGCUAGCUAGAGAACGUGCUCGUGCUGAAUUUCAGGAUUGGGAGAAAAAGGAAGAAGAGUUCCAUUUUGAUCAAAGCAAAAUCAGAUCAGAGAUAAGAGUUCGUGAUGGGCGUUCGAAGCCUAUUGAUAUUCUAUCCAAGCAACUGAAUGGAUCGGAUGAUUUUGAUAUAGUAAUCAAUGAGCCAUACACUGUAUUCAAGGGUUUGACUGUGAAAGAAAUGGAAGAUCUUCGUGAUGACAUCAAAAUGCAUCUUGAUCUGGACAGGGCGACGCCUACACAUAUCGAGUAUUGGGAGGCACUUCUCGUAGUUUGUGAUUGGGAACUAGCUGAAGCUCGAAAAAAGGAUGCUCUGGAUAGAGCCAGAGUUCGUGGUGAGGAGCCUCCUGCUGAGUUGCUUGCAGAAGAAAGGGGUCUGCAUUCUAGCAUUGAAACAGAUGUCAGAAAUCUUCUGGAAGGAAAGACUUAUGGUGAAUUGGAGGCGUUACAAUCUCAGAUUGAGUCACAGAUGCGAUCUGGAACUGCAAAGGUGGUCGAGUACUGGGAGGCUGUCAUAAAGCGCCUUCAUAUAUACAAGGCCAAGGCUUGCUUGAAGGAGAUUCAUACGAAAAAACUGCAUGAGCAUCUUGUACGCCUUGAGCAACCUUUCGAGGAUGAUGAAGAAAAGGUGGACCAGGAAAUCGAGAUGGAAACUGAACGCUCUUUACAAGUGAAAGCUGAAGAGGAAGAGCUUGAUAUUAAAGCAGCUGAAACAUAUUCGCCUGAUCUCCUUGAGGAAGAAGAGAAUGAAGAAGCUGGAUCAUUUUCACCGGAACUUAUUCAUGGUGAUGAAGAUGAACAGGCGAUUGAUCCUGAGGAGGAUAGGGCCAUACUGCAGGAACGUAAACGAAUUGCUGUCUUGGAAGAACAGCAGAGACGGAUUCAAGAAGCAAUGGCCACAAAACCUGCUCCACCAGAGGAUAAUUUUGAGCUUAAAGCCUCAAAAGCAAUGGGAGUCAUGGAGGAAGGCGAUGCAGUUUUUGGAUCUGGUGCUGAAGUGAACCUGGAUUCACAGGUAUAUUGGUGGCAUGACAAAUAUCGGCCAAGAAAACCGAAAUAUUUCAAUCGGGUUCACACAGGAUACGAGUGGAACAAAUACAACCAGACUCACUAUGAUCAUGACAAUCCACCUCCAAAGAUUGUCCAAGGAUAUAAGUUUAACAUCUUCUAUCCAGACCUUGUUGACAAGACAAAAGCUCCAACUUACACCAUUGAAAAGGAUGGAAACAGCAGCGAGACAUGUAUCAUAAGGUUCCACGCGGGGCCGCCGUAUGAGGAUAUUGCAUUUCGAAUCGUAAACAAAGAAUGGGAGUACUCUCAUAAGAAGGGGUUUAAGUGCACAUUUGAGCGUGGUAUUUUGCACGUAUACUUCAACUUUAAGCGAUAUCGUUAUCGCAGGUAACACAAUGCUAGUCAUAGCAUGUGUUCUUUGUGUUGGCGCAUGUUGCUCGGUUACUAUCUCCUUCGAGGUCUUGGUUGUAACUUUACCAACUAGAUUGAAAUCAUCCAUCGCAAAGUCUUCCUUGUAAGUUAAAUGAUAUGACCAAUAAUAGAUAUUCCAACUUCCCUUCCUUGAGUCAUUCAUUUAUCACUUCCAAAUGCCAAUAUGGCAAUACACAAAUAGUUAGAUCCUGAAAAUUUUGAAACUAUUGCUUCCAG